UCACACUCUGCGCCGACAUGAAGCUGUGUGUUGUGCUGCUGUGUCUGCUGGUCUCAGUCUCUGCAUCUCCCUUGUUGGGGAAAGAGCAAUGUGCCGGUGGCGCGGUAGUCUGGUGUGUGAAUGUCCAAACUGCAUCUCAGUGUGGCGCGGUUAAGCACUGCCAGCAGAAUGUCUGGAACAAACCCACAGUGAAAUCUGUUGAGUGUGAUCUGUGCAAAGAGAUAGUGACCGCAGUGGGGAACUUCUUGAAGGAGAACGAUACACAGAGUCAAAUUGAAAACUACUUACAUAAAGUGUGUGACUUGUUCCAUGAUCCCUCCUUUGUUUCGGAGUGCAAAGAAUUGGUGGACACCUACUACCCAGUUGUGUAUCAGCUUGUGGAAUCAGAGCUGGAAAAUCCAGGUGUAGCAUGUGGUGCAAUUGGUUUAUGCAAAAAUCUUCAACAGCAUCUUGGCAGCUUGAGUCCACAGCAGCUCCAGACUAAUGAGAUCCCUGAAACAGUGGACCCAAAACUGGUUUACCCUUUCAUAGCCAAUGUUCCUCUACUACUGUAUCCUGAGAAGGAUAUUCUUCAGGAACCUAAGACUGGGGAUGUCUGCCAAGAUUGUCUACAGCUAGUAACUGAUUUGCAAGAAACGCUCCGAAGCAAUUCCUCUUUUUACCAGUCAUUGGUGGAUCGAGCCCUAAAGGGAUGUGAUCAGCUUGGUGGUGGCCUCAGUGAUAUGUGCAAGACUUACAUUAACCAGUAUGCAGAGUUUGUCAUGCAAGCUGUGCUGCAGAUGACUGCAAAACAGAUCUGUUCCCUUGUUGCAUUCUGUGGUGACAUGAAUGCACCUCCACAAUCUCUUACCCCAGCUAAACUGGUUCCAGCAGUCAACCUGCAGCCAGCUAUCAAAAUAGAAAAGGAGCCUUCUGUUCAGAUAGAUCCAGUCUGUGAAGUGUGUAAAAUGAUGGUAUCAAAACUUGAAAGGCUUCUGGAACGCAAUCAGUCAAAGCAAGCCAUAGAGCAUGCUCUGGAGAAGGUCUGCUACAUCCUUCCUCACAAAUACAGACAGAAAUGCACAGACUUUAUUGAUCGUUACAGCGAAGCCAUUAUUGAGCUUUUGGAACAGGAAGUUGAUCCAAAACUAAUAUGCACCAUGCUUGGUGUCUGCUCUUCGAAACAAAAAUCAGAUAUUGUAAAACUAGACCCCGAGAUGGUGACAUCUGGUGAAUAUUGUCAGGUGUGCAAGAUGAUUGUGAAUUACGUAGAUACGAUUUUGGAGAAAAAUGUCACAGAAGAGAGAAUUAAGGCUGCACUACAAAGAGUCUGUGCUUUCCUCCCAGAUUCUAUAAAAGAUCAGUGCUUUUCAAUUAUUGCUGAAUAUGAGCCUAUGUUUGUGCAGUUGCUUCUGCAAGCUUUGGACCCAACUUAUGUGUGUAUGAAGCUAAGUCUUUGUCCAGGUUCCAAGUUGCCUCUUCUUGGGACAGAUAAAUGCAUGAUGGGACCAAGCUACUGGUGUAGGGACAUGAAUACUGCUAAAGUUUGCAAUGCAAUUCAACACUGCAGACGGCACGUGUGGAACUAAUCUCUUCCGAAAGACUGAAGAAUAUCUGAAGCAAUACUUCUGCAGAUCGAAAAUUGUCUCGUUCCAGCUUGCCUGUCAAUGGAGGACUCUUCGCUUCAUGUCUGAUAUUGUUAAUGUGCUGUACAUAAUUUUUGCUAAUCUAAAAUCACAGAUAAGAUCUAACAGAAAAAAAAAAACUCAAGUUUUAGUUCAAGUCCUAGUUAGAUCAUUAUGAUAGCUGUUGCCUCUUUAACAUCCGGGCUAACUACCAAGUAGUCUUAAAUUUGGGACAUGGGUAAGAUUUUUCUGCUCCAGGCAUAUGGUUAUUUUAGCAAUCUAUUUUCUUCUGGAAAUUAACAGGUGGUCAUGAAUAGUCCGUUAUUUGAAUGUAACUUGCCAUAAAUGUAGUUCUAAAGAACAUAUGGGAAUGUAGGUUUGUUUUUAAUAGAGCGGUAUACUCUAUAUAAACUCUACCGGUGCAAAGUAAAUUUUUACAGUUUGUAAUGCUAUAAAUCAUUUUAAGAUUACCAUUAUUUUUCUGUCUUACGUGGUAGAUCUAAUUUUAAACAAAUUAACUAGACACCAAAUGCCACAUGGCUGUUAUCCACACAGUGAAUCACUUAUUUGAGUGAAUGGUAUUGGUGUCUAUUAAAAAAACAAAGUAGUACACUUGGGUCUCUGGGUAAUGCUAGUGAUUUCUUGCCUUAAUUUGUAAGCAGAGCCCCUGUAGGUCAGACCAGAAAUGAAUGUUGACAAAAUGGAGGCAGUUGACAUGUUAUGUUGGCUUUGGAGCUUUGGAAACGUGUCUGGAUGUAACUACUGGUAUGGCCAUCAAUAUUUUUGUAAAUUAUUUUUACUGACUUGCCUUUGCAAUAAAAUAACUUUAAUAUGGAA